CACUGGUAAUGGUGAAACUCUUCGAGCAGAUGGUGGGCUGUUAUUAGUAAAGUCCAAGAGCACAACCGCCAACAUGUCUAUGCUUUCUCCUGCUGAUGUGUCUUCUGCCGUCUUCCGAUCCCCUUCCGCCUGCGAUUUCGUCUUCACAGCCGCUGAUGUAAUAUCACUCUGUGAAGGCGCAAUGGGCCACAAGGUAAGCGACCUACCUGCCUCUCAAUUUUCUCUCCCAUCGCAUUUCUUGUCAGUCCCUCUACGCCAAUAAUAGUGGGAAGCAACAACGGACAUGAUGGCGGGAGUGAGACAUCUGGUGAGCAUCGAAGAUCUUCGAUCCUACCGGCCAUGAAGCAAAACAGCUGCUCUGUUUCUUUCCCCAGCUUGCGCACCUAAGAUCACCUCCGAGUCUACCAAUGUGGGUGACUGUACCGGGACUCAGCAUUGACCCAAGGCAUUCAUGGAAAUAUCAGGCAUACAAUUCUAUGGUCUCUCCAUGUCCAUCAGAACAGACCACCACAGCCCCCAUCACCGAUCAACCACGGACCUGUUGAGAUGCCAAUCAGGAGAGCAGCUUUGUCUAUACAGGUCCUUUCACGUAUUAAGGUAGGUUCCAGUGACUGAUCUGCCCAGGUGUGAACACACGGGCUCGUUCUAUGCACAGGUGACUCGAGUCUUGCUGAGGCAUCAUGACGCUUUGUGACGAGGUAGGACAUGCUGUACGGGCGGGUAAUGGCACCAUAGGUCUUCCUUCUGUUACUAGAUGGGAAUGGCCCAGCACCUUAUUCUCAUCUCCAUGACCUCGAAACCUGCAUAUCCCUUGCAGUGUGGCUACCAAUACUGGGGUUGACCCUGAUCCACCCAAGGACCGCUAGGGAGCAGGAGAAGAUGAGAGUUCGGGCAAGAUCCUCUCUCAACACAGCAUCAUUGGUGAUUUGUCGAACAUGCACUAAAGAGCGUGAGCCUGAGGCAAAAGACCAGCUGUAUGCACAUCACCAGAACAACUACUAGGGUAUGCUAGUAGGCGACUUCUACCUGCAGGCACCAAAGCCAGGGUUGUUGCCGGUACAAGAUCAUUGUGUCUACCAGCAUGUUCUGUGAAGACGGACUUGCCGCAUAUGUCUGCAGUGCCAGUGCACGGUGGGAUUCUGGCAUAGCAGGAAUCUCGCUGCAUGGUGGCAUGAACGCGACAUUGCUGUAGGUGCGGGCGCCAUCCAGUAAGACUCGUCGAAAAGUUCGACUCAAUUCACCCUCCAGCUUGCAUUGUCGGUGUCGACAUGGAGCUGGCUUCGCAGUGUCCGAGUUCCCAGUCAAAACAGCCUGAUGCUGGAGCCUCCUGCCCCCUACGACCGUCUCAUAACACUUGGCCUUGUGUUGAACCCAAUUCCAAUGUCAGGAUGUCCAAUACGAGCGAAGCUACAUUGCAAUAGCUUCGGAGGUGAGAGCCAGCGGAGGCGCCUCCUCGAAUCCCAUUUGCCCCGGACUCACAUUCUCAGUGGAUGAUCGCUACCUUUCAGAGCGACAUGGAAGGAGGUCACUUGGCCUGUCAAAAUGCACCGACGGUGCCUCAGAUUGGGCUGGUACCGAAUCAGGACUUGCUGUUUGAAAAUGGGCACUCUCAUGCGGGGAGGACCCAAAGCAGUCUCGAGCCAGGAUGUUGGAACUGGGCACAAGAGACGAGCUGAGGCUGGACUUGUCCUUACGACACUUGCUACAGAAGCCACCGCUUAUCCUAAUCCCUGGAUGCAUUGCUGCAGCACGCCCCAAGAUAGGCGAAGCAGCCUAUAGUGAAGUUGAUUAAGCUGGCGCACACCUAACGCCGGUUGAUCCAACCUUUCGACUAUUUAGACAACCGGUUCGCUACAGCCCGAUCCGAAGGUCAGAAAGAGCAAAUCGAGCUGCAGGGGGGUUGGUUGCCAGUGGGGAGCUGAACUUUGACCUAUCACAUCUCUCCGCCACACUCCAUGAUCAACUGUCGAUAUGGGGCCAGAGAAGCAAGGGAUACCGCCCGGGGUUGGACAUCAGGAUGCAAGUGGUGGUCAAGGAAGUUGGCUUUUAGAAACAGUCCCCUCCACACCACCCCUGAUUAUCCAUGUCCAAAGCUGAACGGCCUGCAUCCGAUCCAUGGUCUUUCUGUAGGAGAGGGUUCAUACUCUUUCUCCCUCCCUCGACUGAAGGCAGGUCUGCCAUCCAUGCCAUGGUCGACCACCGCCUCCGAGGGACAUUCUCCCCGCUGCAGUUGCCUCGAUCCUAAGAACCGGCACGACGCCACGAAACUCGGACACUGUGCUGUCUCAUUCUCAUUCUACCAUGGAGUCGCCAUCGCUAGACGAGACUGACCAGGUUCAUCAUGCCGGUCGAUUUUGGCUGGGAUGGAGGGUUGUCCCCAUGUCUACCUCUGGAUUGUCUGGAUGAACAGUAGGUGGGAUCUGGUGGCUACAAAGACCAGCGCUCCCGAGCUUCUCUUGCUCCCAUCUUCUCAAUUGUUUCUCUACCCUUUCUUCCUACUGUCGUGUCGUCCCGUCAAGACAAAGACUUGUCACGUCAAUACUCCUUGGUCUAACUCCGCCUCCCCUUCUGACAGCGGAACCACCCAGCGUUUGCUAACCCUACCGAUCGUCCUCUCUCAAGCACAAAAGCUCGUGAAAGUCAGGCAUCAACAAGAUGGACAAGAACAACUUCAUCGCCGCCCAGCAACAACAGGGGACACCCGCCCAUCUGCGCCAACUGAUGUCGUCCCCGUCGUGCGUUCAGGUCCAUUUGUCCACAUCCCGUGGAUCCGGGUAUGGCCUUGACAGUGAACGAUUGUGUUCCUGCGAUGGUGCUUGGGCAACUUUGAAUGGCCAUCGCCAUGAUCACCACGUUCAUAGCCACGGCCAACCAAUCGAUCCCAUGGACCUGUAUAUGCCUCUCCACCAGACAGAUACAGAAAUCAGAGCACCACCGCCCAGCCCGGCUGGACCACCGGCACUGGCGACAACAAUACCCACAGGGCAAACCAGGCGGGGGCGGCGACCCUCACCGCCAUCGUUCCCAAUGGAGCUAUCUCCGCUGGCGGCGUCGCUUCUGUACCCCUCCGCCGAUGAGGCUUCUUCUGUCGCCAGGACGAACCCUCCGGUAGGCUUCCCGCCCUAUGUGCCGUUCAACUUGGACGAGCCGAUGACAGCGUGCAUCUGCCAUCGUCCGCUCAUCUUCGAUCACCCGCACAUUCGAGUGCCUCACACCCGACUGCCAAACAUGAAGGAAUUCAUGGCGAAGCUCGAGGCGGCACGGCGGAGACGGAGUAUCAAUAUGGCCUAUUCUGUUCGCCACGAUCACCUAGUAGUGCCCGAGGGUGGUAGGCCUGAGUCAAUGCUUCUCGCAGAGGAGUUCCAUCCUCCUGCCUCCCCGGAGUUCCGUCCUGUCUCACCCACUACGGGGCUCGACGACCCCGCGGAAGACCAAUAUGCCCAAAGCCAAUACUAUCCUCCGCAAAGGCCAUUCUUCAACCAUCACCAUACUAACCUGCCUCCAAGUCCUCCCUAUAGUGCAACGGCAUCAAAGGUUGAAUUGUCUUGGCACGAUACGGUCUUGACAAAGGAAACAGGAGAGAAGAUGAAGAUUUGAAAGUGUAGGUUGUGUUGAAAAAGUAAAGGGUGUUAUUGUGUAACAUCAACGUUCCUAUUGUCUAUGAAGCACUGGCACACAAACGCCGCGCCCUGUGCAGAAUGUUUCGGGUUUAAAGCGCCUUAAUCGCCUCCACCAUCGUUUGCCUCCAUAAUCAGCAAAUAGCGCUUCAAAAAAUGCUCAUUAUUAGGAACUGUAGCAGUCCACACAUUGUUCGCCCACCAAGUAAAGCAAAUAACGAGGACCAGGAAGCUAAAGACGCAAAG